GUAGCCCCGAAGCCUCUGAGAGAUGAGUACUAUAGACAUGUGAUCGUCGGCGGCUGCUGUGGUGGCUGUGGUGGUGGUGGUGGCGGCGCUGGGGCUGGGGCUGCCCAGAAAUAGCAGCAGCUGGUUUCCGUUCCCUGGUUGGCUAAGAGAGAAAGACAGAGACAGAGAGAGAGAGAAAGAGAGAGAGAGCGAGUGCCCGAUCAGCAGAGAGGAGCCAGCGGCGGCGGCGUUGCCUGCGCGGGACAGCCGGGGGACUCCUCCCGGAGGAUGCAAGCCCCCUGCCCUGCCUCAGCCCCAAGCAGAUGAUGGCGAUACGGGAGUUGAAAGUGUGUCUUCUCGGGGAUACUGGAGUCGGAAAGUCAAGCAUUGUUUGCCGAUUUGUACAGGAUCACUUUGACCACAACAUCAGCCCUACAAUUGGUGCUUCUUUCAUGACUAAAACUGUGCCAUGUGGAAAUGAACUUCAUAAGUUCCUCAUCUGGGAUACAGCUGGUCAGGAACGUUUCCAUUCAUUGGCACCCAUGUACUAUCGGGGAUCUGCAGCAGCUGUUAUAGUGUAUGAUAUCACUAAACAGGAUUCUUUUAAUACCUUGAAGAAAUGGGUGAAAGAAUUAAAAGAACAUGGUCCAGAAAAUAUUGUAAUGGCCAUCGCUGGAAACAAAUGUGAUCUCUCGGAUAUUAGGGAGGUUCCUAUGAAGGAUGCCAAGGAAUAUGCUGAAUCCAUAGGAGCGGUUGUAGUUGAAACAAGUGCAAAGUGUGCUAUUAAUAUUGAGGAACUCUUUCAAGGAAUCAAUCAGAUGUGUAGCUAUCGAAUGGAACCUGUGCUCUGGCUGAUGGAGAGCUCAAACCUGUAG